AUGGGGUAUGAAACCAGAAUACUCUCAGAGGAGUAUGAAGUCUCAGAAGUCCUUGGGAGAGGUGGAUUUUCUGUUGUCAGAAAAGGCAUAAGAAAAUCAAGCAGUGACACCAAUAACCAAGUAGCCAUCAAAACCCUGAGAAGGUUAGGCACUGCCUCAAACUCCACCAAUCCUUCUGGGUUUCCAAAACCAAAGGGUGAAGAGAAGAGCGCAGCAGCUAUGAUGGGGUUCCCCACAUGGAGACAAGUCUCAGUCUCAGAUGCCUUGCUCACCAAUGAGAUUCUUGUGAUGAGGAGAAUAGUGGAAAACGUUUCACCACACCCCAAUGUUAUUGACCUCUAUGAUGUGUAUGAGGACUCAAAUGGAGUGCACCUUGUGUUGGAGCUGUGUUCUGGUGGGGAAUUGUUUGAUAGGAUUGUGGCACAAGAUAGGUACUCAGAGACUGAAGCUGCAGGUGUGAUUCGGCAGAUAGCUUCAGGAUUAGAGGCUCUUCAUAGAGUUAACAUUGUACACAGGGACUUGAAGCCUGAGAAUUGUCUUUUCUUGGAUGAGAGGAGGGACUCUCCUCUUAAGAUAAUGGACUUUGGGUUGAGUUCUGUUGAAGAAUUCACUGACCCAGUUGUUGGUUUGUUUGGAUCCAUUGAUUAUGUUUCACCAGAGGCUCUUUCUCAAGGGAAGAUAACUACCAAGAGUGACAUGUGGUCUCUGGGGGUGAUUCUAUAUAUCUUACUCUCUGGGUAUCCACCUUUCAUAGCUCAGUCCAAUCGCCAGAAACAACAAAUGAUAAUGAAUGGGAAUUUCAGUUUCUAUGAGAAGACAUGGAAGGGCAUUACUCAAUCAGCAAAGCAACUGAUUUCAGAUCUUCUGACUGUAGAUCCUAGCAGGAGACCUAAUGCUCAAGAUCUUCUGAAUCAUCCAUGGGUGGUAGGUGACAAAGCCAAGGAUGAUGCAAUGGACCCUGAGAUUGUCUCUAGAUUGCAGAGUUUCAACGCAAGACGCAAACUGCGUGCAGCUGCAAUUGCUAGUGUUUGGAGCUCCACAAUCUUCCUCAGAACCAAAAAGCUGAAAUCCUUGGUGGGAACUCAUGAUCUCACAGAAGAGGAAAUUGAAAAGCUCAGGAUAAAUUUCAAGAAAAUAUGUGUGAGUGGAGACAAUGCCACUCUAUCUGAGUUUGAGGAGGUGCUGAAAGCAAUGAAUAUGGCAUCACUGAUCCCUCUAGCACCACGAAUAUUUGACUUGUUUGACAACAACCGUGAUGGAACAGUUGACAUGAGAGAGAUACUAUGUGGGUUUUCCAGCUUCAGAAACUCCAAAGGAGAUGAUGCUCUCCGUUUGUGCUUCCAGAUGUAUGACACAGAUCGAUCAGGGUGCAUCACCAAGGAAGAAGUAGCAUCCAUGUUCAGAGCUUUACCAGAAAAGUGUCUGCCAGCUGAUAUCACUGAACCUGGGAAACUGGAUGAGAUAUUUGACAGAAUGGAUGCCAACAGUGAUGGAAAAGUCACCUUCGAUGAAUUCAAAGCUGCCAUGCAGAUAGAUAGCUCUCUCCAAGACCUUCUUCUCUCUUCUCUUCGCCCACCACAAUCCUAG